AUGAGAAUUGUUCUUUUUCUUCUCAGUUUUUCCAUCGCCUCGCAUUUCCGAGCUGCUAGUCUCCAGUAUCGAAAAUCAAGCGAUCCCGGAAGAAUGGAAGUCACUCGAUACAUGGGCUGGAGACGAGGAUCGGCGGGCUACAGGGAAGAAUGGAUCGACGGAUGCACGCAAGCUCAUAUUGAUAAUCAAACUGUUUCUGACAUGGGCAUUGAAUACAUGUUCAUGUACAAUAUCGGAAACGGUACACGUAACUUGCAAAAAGUUCCUGCUUUGUACAUUGUGACGAACAUUGAAGACUCUCCACUCGUCGACGAGGACUCUCAUUUUUGCUUCGGAAGUUAUACUUUCGAGAUUGAUGUCAGCAACAUUGGUUACUUCAGCCAUAUGUUUAGCGGUUGUUGCACUAUUGAGCUGUCAAACGACACCGAAAGUAUAAGCACUGGCAAUUAUGCAUACACAGCGAAAGUCCUUGAUGUCAACAACAGCUCGCCUCAGUUCAUCUCUCCACCAAUCUGGUACAUUCUUGAUGGCUGCGAGGGACAAGCCUAUCACGUAAACCCAGUGGAUUCUGAAGGAGAUACUAUCAGAUGUCGAUGGUCGACAUCGUCAGAAUCUCGCCAUAUGGCUUGGAACAGCGGUUUUCAGCAGUUUGUUCUCGACGAAGAAUACUGCAUUGUGACCUAUCGACCUGAAUUUGAUUUGCUUGGAGAAGGAUCAAAACCUGUCGCUAUUCAAGUUGAAGAUUUCGACGCGAAUGGAACGCUUCUGCACUCCGUUCCGUUGGCUUUCGUUUGCGUUGUUUUUACACCAGAAUUCAAUUCAUCUAGAAUUUCCUCCAAAAUAAUCGACUUUACGCCGGCUUGCUUGAAGAAACAGACAAUAACGACGAUUAUUUUGAUGAUGGUCCCAGGCGACUUUUACCAGAUCAAUUCAGUCCGGCAGUUCGACACGUCCGAUCUACAGGAGAGCCAAAUCACUGCCUUGGGAGAAGAGCGAGUGUGGGUUUGGACUUCCGGUCUGAACAUAACGAUUGAAUGGAAGGCCUCGUACACUCUUGGCAAUGAUACCUUCACCGAUAUUUCUCGCAAUCAGUUCAGUUCUCCUCAUGGAAUGACCUGCACGGCUUUCGACAGCGAUGGCGAAGCAACUUGCUCGUGGACGCCAACAGCUGAUCAAGCAAGACAAGGAGAGCAUCCGCAUUGCGCCGUUGUCUACGAUCCAUACGGUCGAGCUUCCGAACGAAGAUGUACUACUCUCCGAGUCUACCCACCAUGUGAUGUUGGAACCGAAAGAGUUGGCUCCGCCUGCCUCGCAGUCUGCAACAGCGGCUAUCAACGUGACGAUAACGGUGACUGUAUAAAAAUUUGCAGUAACAACAUAGGAUCAUUCACGUGUUUGUGCACAAGUGGAUAUGAACGGAUCGAAUCCGGAGUCUGCAUUGACAUCGACGAGUGUGGCCGAGGUACUGACACGUGCGCUCCUACCAUUGAAAACUGUGUUAACACUUUCGGAUCUUUCCAUUGCCCUUGCUCUUCUGGAUAUGAACGCGAUGCAGAUGGAGACUGCGUCAACAUUGAUGAGUGUUCCAAAGGAACUGAUACCUGUAAUGAUUUCACUGAGGAUUGCGAGGACGUCCCGGGGUCAUUUACAUGCGCCUGUGCUUCUGGGUACUCCGCCGAUGCAACAGGAACUUGCGUUGAUGACGAUGAAUGCGCUGCUGGAACUCAUACUUGCACUGCUACCACCGAAACCUGCGUCAACACUCUCGGAUCGUUCGAUUGCCCUUGCUCUUCUGGAUAUGAGCGUGACGAUGAUGGACUUUGCAAGAAGCGUCUCUUACUUUGUCUCCACAAUCAAGAACGUUCCGAAAAGGCGAUGUUACCGUUAUUUUACCGCUAUUUACUUUGUAAAAAGUUCACUUGGCGCAAAAAGAAAUAA